AUGAAUAGGCAAAUAAUAAAGCUAAUUACUGAAGGAAAAAUAUCAGAAAAAAAAAACAUAGACAAUCAGCUGAUUAAACAUAGUUUAGAAGAAAUAAUAGUUAAUUUUAAAAAUUAUAAUAAAUCAAUAAGUGAAAAUAAUUUAUUAAAUAAUAUUAUUCGAUAUACAAAAAUUGUUACAAUUAGUUCAUAUCAUUUAAACCAUAUGUAUAAAAAUAUUAUUUAUCCAUUAUUAAAAAAUAAACAACUUCAUUUUACUUUAAUACCUAAUAUUGUUCAUACUUAUAAAAAAAAAAAAAAAUAUAAUUUUAUUUUAAAAGAAAUAAAUGAAUAUAUUAUUCAUAAUAUAUUAAAAAAAAAUAUAUAUACACAUGAUAAUUUAAAUAAUUGGAUUAGUGUAUUACAAGUUUUUUCAUCAAAAUAUAACAAUAUAAAUUAUAUUCCUUUGUUAAAAUUUAUUUUAUUUCCUCAAUAUUAUGAUCAAAAUAUAGUAACUAAACAAGCCAACCCUAUAGAUAUGCAUACAAAAGGGGAUGACGAAAAUGUAGCACAUGGUUUAGUGUCCUCACAAUAUGAUAAUGAUAAUGAUGAUAAUAAUGAUAAUGAUGAUAAUAAUGAUGAUAAUAACAAUAGUAGUAAUAAUAGUAGUAGUAAUAAUAACUGUACGAUGAAUAAACAAAAUGAUGAUAUCCUUUUAUUAAAUAAUUUAGACUAUAAAAUGUUUGAUAUAUUAGUUCCCCGAACUUUUUGUGUUUUAAUAAACAUACUGUCUAAUGUUGAUCGGCAAUAUAGUAAUGUUAAUUUAUCUGUACCUUUCUCAUUUUCUUUUUUUUUUUAUAAUAGCUAUAUUUAUAAUAAAAUAGUCAAUAUGCUACCCCAAUUUAAUAACAUUGAUUUAUGCUUAAUUAUAGAUUCCUUUCACAAAUUUAAAUAUCCAAAUAACAAUUAUUUAUUUAAAUGUAUUGAGAAAGAAGUUUUUAAAAGAAUUAAUACAUUUGAUAUAUAUCAAAUUUCUAUAAUUUUUCAAAAAUUAUCAAAAUAUUGGAAUUAUUAUUCUAUAGAUGAUCAUAAAAAGAUGGAACAUUUUUCUAUAAUUUUUAUCAAAAAUAUACAAAAAUAUUUAUUCCAUUAUUUAUUAAAUAAUAAAAAAAAAAAUAAAUAUAUUUUAUACACUGAAAAUAAACAUUCUUUAAUUCAAAUUGUUCCCAUGUUUUUUUUGGCAUAUGUAAAGAAUGUUCCUUUUUUUUUCCCAUAUUAUAUAACCUUUAGUAAAUUUUUAAAUCUACAAUUAUUUUUACUAGCUAAAUAUGUAAUACUUUUGAAAAAUAAACACACCAAAAGUUGUACAACUACUAGCCAAAAUUCUAACACUACUCAAACUUGUAAUACUAGCCAAAGUUGUAAUAUUCUUAAUACAGGGCCAGAUGAUAUAAAACACAUUUCGAACCAUUUGGAAAAUAUGAAUCAGACAAUUUCGAAUUUAAUUUAUUCAAUUACCGGUUAUUUAUACAACAUUUUAACAUUAUGUAAAAAAAAUGAAGAAAAUAAAAUUGUGCUUACUCAUUUUUCGCUAACUCUAGUUAAUAUUUAUAAAUUACUUGAUUAUUUUAACUUUUUUUAUAAUAACAGAAAAAUAAUAUCAUCAAAAGAACAUAAUACUUUUAUCAUCCCUUUACAUAAAUCACAACUUUUAACAUUUUUAUAUAUAUAUUGGGGUUUUAUUAUAAAAUUAUUUUAUUAUUUAAAUAACAUUCAACCUACAGAAAAUAAUAUUUAUAAUUCUUUAUUAACAGAUUAUAAAAUUUUUUAUCACAUAAACAAAGUUACCCCCAAAAAUGAUUUUUUUUAUUUUAUUAAAUUAAAAUAUAUUAAAAAAAUAUUUCAGAUUAUCACAACUUUGGAUACUGUUAAUUCAACUACUAUAAUGAAAGAAUCAUUAAAACGGAACAAUAUGCAUAUUGCACAUAUUUAUUCAGACAUACUAAAUAUAAUUAACGAGAAAAAGUUGACUAGCCAAAAUUAUUUUUUCAAUAGACAAAUUAUAGCUUCCUACACAAUUUCUGUACUGUGCAGGUCAAAUUAG